AUCGCAUCUUUUCGGCAUAGACAAAAGGAGAGCAGCGAUACAAAGAGACAGCCGGACAGCAUGUUCGCCUUCCGGACGAGAGCGACGGCCGCAGGGCUUCUCCCGUGAAACCCUCGUCCGUUUCCCUUUCGAUCCACUCCCAUCGUCUCUCUUUCCUUCCUUCUCCUCUCGAUCGCCUCCCAUUACCUACCGAGAAGUGGAAUCGAGAGCCUUUUCUUGAUCUUGAUCGAGAUCCAGGAUCGCUCCCUUCCCUUUGAAUCGAAGCGACCUUUCCGUCGCUUUCUCGUUCGAUUCCGGUAGCGGGGCUUUCGGGCAAUCGCCGGAUGGAAUUUGGUGGGCUGGCGCUGCCGUGAAUUUGGGUCUUUGAGCAGCGAGAGAGGAAGUAUUUAUUCACGGGGGGUCUUCUGGUCCCCAACAUGUCGGAUUCGGCGUCAGCCAUGGGCGCGCCCAUGGAAGCCCGAUUCAGCAAUCUGGAUCUCAUCGGGAGGGGAUCGUUCGGCGAUGUCUUCAGAGGGUUUGACAAGGAGCUAAACAAAGAGGUUGCUAUUAAAGUUAUUGAUCUAGAGGAAGCCGAGGAUGACAUUGAAGAUAUUCAAAAGGAAAUUUCAGUUUUGUCCCAAUGCCGGUCUCCAUAUAUUACUGACUAUUAUGGCUCCUAUCUCCAUCAAACCAAACUGUGGAUAGCAAUGGAAUACAUGGCUGGUGGUUCCGUUGCUGACCUACUUCAAACUGGUCCUCCUCUGGAUGAAAUGUCUAUUGCAUGCAUUCUACGGGACUUACUGCAUGCACUUGACUAUCUUCACAGUGAAGGAAAGAUUCAUAGAGAUAUAAAAGCGGCAAACAUUCUGCUGACAGAAAAUGGAGAAGUCAAGGUUGCGGACUUCGGUGUUUCUGCACAAUUAACAAAAACAAUAUCUAGGAGAAAGACAUUUGUUGGAACCCCAUUUUGGAUGGCUCCUGAGGUCAUUCAGAAUUCAGAUGGAUACAAUGAAAAGGCAGAUAUAUGGUCUUUAGGUAUAACUGCUAUAGAAAUGGCAAAAGGUGAACCUCCUUUGGCGGAUAUCCAUCCAAUGAGGGUUCUUUUUAUGAUACCACGCGAAAAUCCUCCCCAGCUUGAUGAGCACUUCUCUCGGUCAAUGAAGGAAUUUGUAUCAUUAUGUUUAAGGAAAACUCCUAUGGAGAGACCAAGUGCCAAGGAGCUUCUGAAGCAUCGUUUUAUCAGAAAUGCUCGAAAAAGUCUAAGGCUCUUGGAGAGAAUAAGAGGGCGUCCAAAGCUUAAUCUAAAGGAAGGUAUGGAAACUCAGAGAAAUGGUCAACAAGUUUAUGAGGACGCAACAAGCUGCGUCAGAGUGGUCAGGGAUAUGAGAAUGAGAGAUGAAGGAACAGGCACUGUCAGGGUGGUCCGAGAUGCAAGAGAUGAAGGAACAGGCACCAUCAGAGUGAUGAGGGAUGCAAGAGAGGACAAUGCUCAUUCCUGCUUGGAUGUAUCACAGGCUACAGGGACUGUCUGCAGUGCUAUAAAGCCACCGCUAGUUGCUGUGAUGAGAGAAAAAAGAUCUGAUGUUUCCUACAGUCCUAAUAUGACAAGAAAGACAGCGGAUGGAGAAAAUCCUUGGAUGCCUGCAUCAGGAAAUGCAUUUGAUGAUUCAACUACUGGAACCAUUUUGCGGAAAGAAGCUGAAAGUGAACUGGAUCCUAAAAGACUGGAAAGUUCUUUAGAAGAUGGUUACCUUUCAAUAAGUGGAUCAGGAACCAUUAUUGUGCAUUCUCCAAGAGAGAGUCAGAUGUAUGCAGCAUCAUGCAGUCAAAGUACUAAGCCUGUGGGCAGAUACUCUUCAUUUGAAGAUAUGUCUACCAGUGACACAGUUGUUCUUCGUGACCACCAUGAUGAAUCUGAGACCCCCCGAACUUCAAAGUCUAGGUUUGGAAUCCAAGAAAAAGGAUCAAAUGUCUUACAUGAAGAUAGUGCAACCAACCUUGCAGAGGCAAAAGCUGCAUUGCAAGGGGGAUUAAGAAGAGGAAAUGAUCGGGAAAGACCCGUGGCGGGCAAACAGUCAAGUAACUUCAAAUCUUCUAGAGAUCCUACUGAGAACAUUGAUGUACAAAAGCUCCAUAAUAAAUCACAACAAUUAAGUGAUAUGCAAGCCAGCGCCCGGGCUUCUGCAGCAGCAGCUUCUCCUGCAUUGUCGUUGUUAAUCAUUCCUUCAAUGAAAGAGGCUGCUGGUGAUAAGUCAGAAGGGUCAACUGUCCAUGCUGUGCUUGAAUCACUGAUGGAUAUGGAGUACGAAAUGCCAGGCUCUUGUGAAGCUCUUGUCAGCAAGUUGCUGCAUCGACUGGGAAGGUCAAAGGAAUCAUACUUUAGGGGACUCCAUGAUUUGGCAGCCAGCAUUUUCACAAAGAAAAUGGGGGCGCCCCAUGAUUCAGGAGAUGGCAAGAAGCAACCAAAUGCACAAUCACUUGAGACUGGCCUAAGCCCACUUACCAGGUUCCUCCUCAGUAGAUGGCAGAGCCAAGUUUCCCAGGAUCUUAACUCAGUCUGAAGGGACUGUAAGAGCUGAUGAUGUUCCUAUUUGUGGUUUUAAAUGUAUAAUUAAUUUUAACAGUGUACAUAAAAUUGAAAAGAAAAUUUCUGUUUUAUUUUUUAUUUUUUGCAUGUCCUUUCUGCAGCAGCUUUUCUAUGUUUUGUUUCUCAUUUUCGCUUGUGUUAUUGUAUUUUUAAAAUUCAUAUUCAUUUUGCAAUUUAACUUUGCGGUCGAGGAAAAUCAGUUCAUUUGCUUGUAAUUU